AUGAGUUUUCGUGCUUUGUGGAUUAUUUCUCACGAAAAAGGAGAAAAUGCAUCAGUACGCUUUUCAAGGAGGUUUCCUACAGUGGAGCACCGUGCAAAAAGACUGGCAGGUUCUUCUUAUGUAGCAGUCCCAGAGGAUGGUACAGUCCUGCAGCUCAUUCUCCUAGAGUUGGGGCUUUCCAGCCCAAACAAGACAUAUGUAGCUCUGAGAGAUGAUUGCCUCUACCGUCCUAGAUCACCAGCUCUGGAGCUGCGUCUGGAUGGAAAAGAAACGCUUUGGCCUGUCCUGUCCGUCUCUCAGGGGUCCCUCAUCUUGGCUUGCCUGCCGUUAGUAGAUGUCCCCUCUGAGCCACGACCACCUCUUGCCAGCCUGUUGUCAGUGUCACAGGGUCUCACUUUUCUGGCAGGCCUGCAAACUUUUCUCCUUGGCUCAGGGACCAAGCCUGAUGGUGCCGGGCUUGCCUCUUCUCUAGCCAUGUUGCCCUCUGUCCUGCUGCAGGUCUGUCCCCUUGGCACACCUCUUGAUGUUCCUUUAGUGGGGGUACCUACUGCACCAACAGUAGCCACCUCUGCUGGUAGCCAGAAGCAACCUGCCUGGAAGACAGGCCUACAUCGUGGUCGAGCCAUGGUAAAUGUAGCGGUGGUUGAAACAGUACGUUCCAUGCAGUAUGGUAACCAGAGCAGCCAGGACUCGUGGGAUGUUUAUGGCACUGUGACAUGCAAAUGUGAAGUAGAAGGGGUGCUCCCAAAUGUGACCGUGACCCUCUCACUACCUCAGAAUGGUUCUCCACUGCAGGACAUCCUGGUCCAUCCCUGCGUAACCUCACUGGAUUCUAGUGUCCUGGCAGCCAGCAGUGUAGAUAAUGUGGAUGGCUCAGCUUUCUCUGGGCCCUAUAAGUUCCCCUUCUCUCCUCCCCUGGAGCCCUUCAGACUAUGCAGCUACACUUCUCAGGUCCCUGUUCCACCCAUCUUCGGUUCGUAUCAGUUGAAGGAAGAAGAGAACCAGCUUUGUGUGUUUGCAUCCCUCAAACUUCAUGAAACAGUGAAGAACACAUUUGAGUACUGUGAGGCGCACCUGCCAUUCUUCAACAGGAGUCAGAUGGGCAAUGCUGACUUAAAGGUGAGCUCUGGACAAGUAGAUGUGAUGAAGGAGAAGAACCUACUGGUCUGGGCUCUGGGUCAAAAGUUCCCAAAGUCUCGUGAGGUCACGUUGGAUGCCAAGAUAAGUUUUUCUGGACUCUCACCUGGACCUUCUGACCCGCUCUGCACAGGACUUACUGCAUACAUUAAGUUGUACUUUAAAGUGCCUGACAUGACGUUGUCUGGGUGCUGUGUGGACCAGCAUUCAGUGCAAGUUUAUUCUUCUGCCAAACCACGGAUUGUAACAUCCCGAGAACUUCUAUCCAGCGAGUACUUCAUAUGGAACUCGACGGGGACGGCUCCAGUGUCCAAUGGCCAGGUGAUGGUGUAG